AUGUCAUCUUCUUCAGAGGAAUCAGAAGAAAUGCCUGUUGAGAGGUUAUACAGUCGUGAAAAUGAUGAUUUAUCAUCAACAGAACCACCAAUGGAGGAAUGGUCUUCACUUAUAUCUAUAAUUCCAAUUAAGAGAUAUAAAACGUUAUUGUAUGAGCAGGGUUUAUUUGAACCAGGCAGCGAAGAAAUUUGCACUAAAUAUGUACCACUGUCAGCGAGUUCCGUAAUGAGACACCCUUAUUACGCAUAUCCGGGAAUAAAAGAUCCGGGUAUCAAGGAAGCGCUCUUGGACCCAGAACCAAGAAAAAUCUAUUCUAUGGAUGGACAAGAACUUUAUUUAGAUUUGUGUGAAGAAAUGAAAAUAAUGCCAGUACGGAGCUUCGUACGAGGUCUGCUCGAAGAAACCAUUGAUUUGAGAUAUUAUGGGGUUAAUCCCGUCGGAGUGCGGGCAAUGAGCAUGGCUCUUAACUGCAACCAGUACGUACGACGGUUGGACUUGACAUCCAAUUUUUUGACCGAAGACGCUUGUUAUCAUCUUGGACAGAUGUUAAGAGAAAAUGUUGUGUUACAAGAGCUGGUGCUUUGUGAAUGCAGGGUCCAAGUAGAAAGUCUCCGUAAAUUGGUGGUGAACUUAUACUCGAGGUCUCUGGAGCUGUUAGAUUUAUCUCGAAACGACUUCGGGGACGAGGGCUUCAAACAUCUGGCUUAUCAGUUAUCUAGGGGGGCAAUUAUGAGAAAGUUAAAUCUAAGCUAUAAUGGCCUGACUUCGGCGUCAGCGUCACUGUUUGCAUCAGCGAUUGAGGGAAACAACUGCAUAACUCAUUUGGAUCUUUCUUGGAACAAAAUGUCGAUACUCAAAGGCAAGUAG